AGCUAAAGUGGUUCUCUUAUAAAAGACUCUCCCAACAUAAACUCAUUCAUUGCCUAUUUGCCUUCUUGUGGAUACAUAAACAACAUAUCUUCUUGCUAGCAACUUCUAUUCAGAACCUGAGGUGCCAUACACAGAAGCAGGAUAUAAUUGAAUUGGAAACAUGGGUCUGCUCGGGAAAAGCUUCACUUCCAAAUUCAGAAGCAUCACAACUCUUGCUAUUUCAAGGAUUGCCAUCUUGAUGAACCAGCACAAGGCUCGAGCCUCACAUGCUAGAUCUGAUGUUGCUCAAUUCUUGAACCUCGGUUACCAGGAUCGUGCUCUUCUUCGUGUGGAGCAAUGGAUAGCAGAGCAAAACAGGUUGGAUGCAUUUGGCAUGAUAGCAAGCUAUUGCCACUUCCUCAGAGAAAGAGCUGAAGUACUUGAAAAUAACAGGGAGUGCCCUUUUGAGCUCAAGGAAGCAACAUCAAGCCUUAUCUUUGCAUCCUCAAGGUGUGGAGAAUUUCCAGAGCUGCACAAGAUACGAGAGAUUUUGACAUCAAGAUUUGGGAAAGCAUUUGCUGAUCAUGCUGUUGAGUUGAACAAGAAUAAUGGAGUUAACUCUAAGAUGAUACAAAAACUUUCACCAAGACGUCUGGACAUGGAAAUCAAAAUGAAAGCACUGAAGGAAAUUGCUACCGAAAUUGGAGUCACCUUGCAUUUGGAGCAGGGCCCUUCAUUGAUAAGUGAGGACAAAUUAGAAGUUGAACGAAGACAAGAUGAAGUGGGAACCAGUAAAUGGAGUAGUGUUGAUGAUCCUAAACAUGAAGCAAACAUCAAACAUGAUCCUGAGCAUCCCAAGGGAUGCUCUAGUUCUAAACAAGAGGAUGCAGUCAUUUCCAAAAGCAGCCGUGGUAUUGAUCUUAAGCAUUUGGAAUGGACAGAAAUAAAAAAACAACUUGCAUUAUGGCAAGAAGAAUCUCAUUUAGAGUUAGUUUCCAAGGAACACUUGGAGCAAGAUACAAAUAGAGAGAGCAUCAUGCUAGCAAAACAGAUAGUAUCAUGAAAAUGUGGAUUGGAAGAUGAUGUCAAUGAGAACCAGAUGAGCACAAAGAAAUGUAUAUUGUAGACAGUUUCCAAUUAAUAAAAAAAUUCCCU